UGUAGGUCAGGGAUAGAUUGUAUACAGUAAUAAUGAUGACAAUGUUCUGGUCUGUCUCAACCAGAACAAUGAAACACAAUUCAGUUCUGCUUUUGCUGUUCCUUCUGGGGACGUGCUCGGCUUACACCUACCAAAAUGUGGCCUUGCGAGGAAAAGCAACCCAGUCGGUGCGUCAUGCAGACUUGUAUGGUUUUGCCCACAAUGCUAUUGAUGGAAACCGUGAAUCUAACUACUUUGCCGGUUCAUGCACCCGCACUGAUGAACAGACCAACCCCUGGUGGAGAGUGGACCUGCUGGAGUCCUACAUCGUCACCUCCAUCAUCAUCACCAACAGAGGAGACUGCUGUGCAGGAAGGCUCAACGGGGCAGAGAUUCACAUCGGCAACUCUUUACAAGAUAAUGGUGCUGCAAACCCAGUGGCUGGUGUAAUUUCUCAUAUUCCAGCAGGCAGGUCUUUAAAAAUUACUUUUACCAGACUUGUGGAGGGACGAUAUGUGACUGUGGUUCUACCAGGUUUAAAAAGAGUUCUUACCCUCUGCGAAGUGGAAGUCUACGGGUACCGGGCCCCAACUGGAGAGAACCUGGCAGUCCAAGGUAAAGCCUCACAGUCAUCAUUGUAUUCUAACGGCAUUGCAUAUAAUGCUAUAGAUGGGAAUCGUGACGGCAUCUGGAGCCAGGGUUCUUGUACUCACACAAAAAACGACUUUAAUCCCUGGUGGCGACUGGACCUGGGCAAAACCCACAGAGUGUUUUCUGUUAACAUAACCAACACUGUAGAUUCUAUCCCACAACGACUCAAUGGAGCUGAGAUUCGAAUUGGAGAUUCUCUUGAUAACAAAGGAAACAACAAUCCUAGGUGUGCUGUGAUCUCAAGCAUCUCUCCAGGUUUCACUGAAACCUUCCAGUGUAACGGGAUGGACGGUCGCUACGUUAACAUCGUUAUUCCUGGAAGAAGCGAGUACCUGACCCUGUGUGAGGUGGAGGUGUACGGCUCCAGACUGGAUUAGGUCUGAGGAGGUUCAAAAUGUAUAACAACAUUUUACAUUGCAGAUGUUCAGCUGAUGCUCUUGUACAGACUCCUGUUGCAAUCAUAGAUGAAGAUGAAUUUGCUAUCUACAGACAGAUGGGAGUUCUAGCUUGUUAAACUAGAGCUAAUCCAGUAAAAAAGUAAUGUCAUUUAAAGUUAAUGCGGCAUUGUCUGAAAAAGCGACCCAGCCAGAUCAUAGUGGUGACAAUGGUAAUUCAGCCAGUACAUUAAGGUCCAUCAGUUUGAGUCAGUCAGUUAGAGAAAUCAAACACAUUUUCAGAGCUUUUGUAGUUUUAUUUUAUAUUAUUAUGGACCUAUUUCCUCCUUAUUUGUCCUCAUGUGGUCUUUUCAGCAUCUAAAUUGAAUUCCUGCGAAUUCAAAAUACACAUGUACAACUGUAUUUAUGUGGGAAUUGACAGUAAACAGCAAGUACAUGCGGCAUAUUUUUUUUAAACAAAACGUGGCCUAUAAAAUGAAAACGCAUAACAAAAGUGCGUGUUUACAUUGUUGCUAUGUCCAUUCAACUAAUAUCUAAUGUAACCUGAAUAUUCCAUGGAUGUAUUAAGAGAACGGAAUAUUCCUCUCAUUUCCUUAUCAUGUUGCAAGAAUAAAAUAAUGUUACAUUA